ACUUGGAAUAUAAAGCGCACCUCUACCGCUGUCCUCUUUUACUUCUACCCCAAUUCGUCGUGCCUACUCAACUUCAACCACACACAAGCACAGCAAAAUGAAGUACACGACUGUCUGCGCUGCGUUCUUUGCGGCCGUUGCCGCCGCAUCUGAUGUCAAGCAACUGAAGACCGACAACUUCAAGAGCUUCAUCGAGGAGAACGACCUCGUCCUUGCUGAGUUCUUCGCACCAUGGUGCGGCCACUGCAAAGCACUUGCUCCCGAGUACGAGACGGCGGCUACCACACUUAAGGAGAAGGACAUCGCCCUCGUCAAGGUCGACUGCACAGAGGAGCAGGAUCUAUGCCAGGAGUACGGCGUUGAGGGCUACCCCACCCUCAAGGUCUUCCGCGGCCCCGAGAAUGUCUCGCCUUACGGUGGACAGCGCAAGGCCGACAGCUUGAUCUCGUACAUGACCAAGCAGGCUCUCCCCGCCGUUUCCGACGUCACAAAGGACACUCUCGAGGAGUUCAAGACUGCCGACAAGGUCGUUCUCGUCGCCUACUUCGCCGCCGACGACAAGGCCUCCAACGAGACCUUCACCUCGGUCGCCAACGGUCUCCGUGACAACUUCCUCUUCGGAGCCACCAACGACGCCGCCCUUGCCAAGGCUGAGGGUGUCAAGCAGCCCGGCCUCGUCCUCUACAAGUCCUUCGACGACGGCAAGGACGUCUUCACCGAGACCUUCGAUGCGGACGCUAUCCGCGAGUUCGCCAAGGUCGCCUCUACCCCUCUCAUUGGUGAGGUCGGCCCCGAGACCUACGCCGGAUACAUGGCCGCUGGCCUUCCCCUCGCAUACAUCUUCGCUGAGACUCCCGAGGAGCGCGAGGAGUUCGCCAAGGAGCUGAAGCCCCUCGCUCUCAAGCACAAGGGCGCGAUCAACUUCGCCACCAUCGACGCCAAGUCCUUCGGCCAGCACGCUGGUAACCUUAACCUGAAGGUCGGCACCUGGCCCGCUUUCGCUAUCCAGCGCACCGAGAAGAACGAGAAGUUCCCCUACGACCAGGAGGCCAAGAUCACCGAGAAGGAGAUUGGCAAGUUCGUCGACGACUUCCUCGCUGGCAAGGUCGAGCCCAGCAUCAAGUCUGAGCCCAUUCCCGAGUCCAACGACGGCCCCGUCACCACCAUCGUCGCCCACAACUACAAGGAUGUCGUCAUCAACAACGACAAGGACGUCCUCGUUGAGUUCUACGCUCCCUGGUGCGGUCACUGCAAGGCUCUUGCUCCCAAGUACGAGGAGCUCGGCCAGCUCUACGCUUCCGAUGAGCUCUCUAAGCUUGUGACCAUUGCCAAGGUUGACGCCACCGCCAACGACGUUCCCGAUGAGAUCCAGGGUUUCCCCACCAUCAAGCUCUUCCCCGCUGGCAAGAAGGACUCCCCAGUUGACUACUCUGGCUCCCGCACUGUUGAGGACCUCGUCCAGUUCAUCCAGGAGAACGGAUCACACAAGGCCGAGGCCAGUAUUGGCGAGGCCGUCGAAGGUACGACUGAAAAGCUCGCUGAACAGGCCAUGGCCGCCUCCGAAGUUGCCGCUAAGUCCGCCGCAGAUGCUACUGAAUCCGCCAAGGCCAGUGCCUCUUCCGCCACCGACUCUGCCGCCUCCGCCGCAUCAGAGGGUACCGAGACCGUCAAGUCCGGCGCCUCUGUCGCUUCCGACUCAGCCUCGUCAGCCGCAUCUGAGGCUUCGGCCUCGGCCUCGAGCGUCAAGGACGAGUUGUAAAUAACUCGCUUCUUGAGUUUCUUUGGUUGCUUUGGCGCUUUCACGUGUACCAGUACCCCUUUCAGCAUUUGAUCACUUUUCAUACAUGCUGAGGUAUAUGCGUACAAAAUGGUUAUGAUUACAUGGGGGAAUGACACGGUUCUCGUUUUCUUACUUGGGACCAUGGGUAGCGUUAGCUAAUGGAGUUCCGGUUUUAUCUUCAUCAUCAUAGCUGAAUCUGCUUUGCGAAUGCA